AUGUAUGGAGACCAGGCGAAUAAGUUGAUAUUAGAAGCAAAAAGAUUCUCAAAUUUACCAAGCAUUCCUAUUUAUCAGGCUGAUAUAGUACAAAAUAUAAUAAAAGAAGUAAAUGAUUUGAAUAAAGACGCAGAAUAUUUAUCCAUUAUCAGAGACAACUUACAAAUAGAAAGAGAAGAUCGAGCAGCCGGUGGUGGAGAAAUAGCAGAAGAGCAUGUAGAAGAAGAUUAUAAGAUAAACCAAUGUCAAAAUUUUGUAACUCAUUUAUCAAUGAGGAGGAAUAAAAGGUGUUUAUUAGCUUAUGAAAAAUUGAGGAGUGACAAAUUGAUCGAAUUCAGUUGGUUGAAUAUUGAUCCAACUGAAUCUAUUUCAGGAAGCAAUGUGAUGAAUGAAGACACGAACACAAAUACGCAAAAUAAUAACUCAAAUCUUCAAUCCACAGAUUCAUCCAACAAUAAUAAUAACCUAAAACCAAAGUAUCAACCACAGCAACAAAAACUAAUACCGAAUUAUACAACUCAAUUAGAUCUUAAUAAUUUGAAUCAUUAUGAACAAGACUUUUACAAGAAUUAUUCAAAUUUAAUAACAACUUAUAAGUCUAAAUUUGGUGAAUAUUUGGACUUAACUGGUGAUUUGAAACCACCUACUGAAAUAUUUAUUGAUGUCAGAUGUUUGAAAGAUGGAGGUGAUGUAACUACUGAAUAUGGAUCAUUCAACUUAAUAAAAGAUUCUCAAUUUUAUGUGAGGAGAAGUGAUGUAGAAAGAUUGAUCCAACAAGGUUAUCUUGAAGAGAUAUAG